AUGAAUUCCGCAAGCAGUGAGAAUUUCUCGGACAACGACUUGGAGGCGUGGCACGCUAGUGAGCUGAGUAUAGUAGCGAAGCACGGACUCCAAAACUCAAACUCCCAGAGCAGUAAAAUAAUUGAAACUCAGCUAGGACUCGCUACCCGACAUAUCACGAUGGCAAACGAGCAAUACAUAUCCAAAAAGACCGUUGCUGCAUCCUAUCGACCACGAAGUUCUCUUAUGUCCCCCGGCCUUCAGCGCGCACGCGCACCUUUCCGCCUCCGAAACGCCAUGACCGGCCUCAUACUCGCAGGCUUCGGCGUCGGCGUUUGGGCAUACUCUAUUAGCGCAGUGAAACAAGAUGACUUCUCGGACGUUGAUGAGGAGGCGCGGGCGCUGAUGCGUGCUGGGCCAACGAUCGUGGAGGAGGUCAAAGUUCCCGUGAUGGACGAGGCAAAAGCCGUGGCAACACAGACUCCGAGCAGCGUGCCUGUGGAGGUUAAGGCAGCUACUGUGCCAUCAAUACACCGAGGUUUGCUUGUGCCCAGUCUUGAGAGGCAUUUUCCCCGCUUGUUAGACCCAUCACGGAAGACGCUCAUUUGGGGUGCGCCUCCGGUAGACAAUAUUGGGAGGCUCCGCGAUUCGGUAUAG